AUGUUUUAUUAGUUUGUGGUUACAUUUGGAAGCGAAAGAUGGCUUUAUUAAUUUUGAUAACGUUAAUUUUUUUGCCUCAAAUACAUUGCCUUACUAACAAAGAGGCCACUGAAUAUUUACAUCAUUAUAAGCACAUAAAAAGUGCUAACCCAUCUCCAAGUGAAUUUACUGAAGGAAUGAAAGAUUUCCAAAAUUAUGCUCAAAUCCCAGUUACAGGUGUUCUUGAUGCUGAUACAAAAGAAAUGAUGAAAGCUGGGAGAUGUUUUAAUCCAAACCCUGAAGAUGCAGAUUCUGAAAAUCGAGUUAGAAGAUAUGAAUUAUACAAAUAUCUUUGGAAUCGAAAAAAAUUAACUUACAAUAUGAAAUAUCCCACCAAUGUUACCAGCUCGAUUAUAGAUGAUGGUUUAAAACGAGCUUUUGAAAUGUGGUCGAGACAUUCAGGAAUACAAUUUGUAAAAUCAGAUCGAAUGACUUCUCAUUUAAAAAUGGACUUCAAUUAUAUUGAUGAAAUGUCAACACUUGGUUAUGCUUAUUAUCCACCUGUUGGAAAAAUAGUUUUUACCAGCCGAAGACUAUGGAGCAAUAACAACCUUCCUGGACAUAGUAAUUUUUAUCAAGUUGCUUUACACGAAAUCGGUCAUGCUUUGGGGUUGCGCCAUUCCGAUACAAAAGCUGCAAUUAUGUUUCCUAUUCUACAUAAAUAUUAUCCGGAACUUCAUUCAGAUGAUAUUACUGGUAUAAAAGCUUUAUAUCAAUAAAAUAAAAUAAAAAAUGAAAAAAUAA